CAGCUGAUAUAUCAUGUAGUCCAUUUAGCCUAUUAUUAAAUCAUUGUAAAAUAUCAGCUGAUUUUACAACACAAACCAGCACUGGCAAAUGUAAUUUAUAAAUUUUUACAAAUGUUGAUUAUGGAACUAAACGCACCAAUUUUAGAAGGAGCUGCAAUCAUGAGUGGAACUUCCUUGCAUUGUCGUGACGAGGUUUUCGAAGCCAUAGGCACCAACUCAUUGAGCGAUAUAAAGGAUCUGUACUCAAGCAACUACGAUUUUAACAAGCCUAUUUUGAACCAAGAUGCCGUUGAACAGUCAACAAUCCUCCCAAUAAGCUAUGCCUGCGCACAAGGAAGUGUUGGUGUACUUAAAUUUUUCUUAGAAAUUGGAGUAGAUGCCAACAUCCCGGGCACAGAUGGAAAACUGCCAAUACAUUAUACAUGUGACUCCAAUGAACGAGUGGACGAUAAAAAAGAAGAAUGCGUCCAAGCCCUACAAAUUCUUAUACAAGCGAACUGUGAUGUGAAUGUAGUUGACAAUAUGGGGCGCACACCUCUGUUUCUUGCAUGUGAAGCUGACGAUGUAGAUGCUGUUAAACUUCUACUGGUUCAAACCCGCUGCGAUGUCAAUAUUAAAACUGUUGUUGGUGACUCUCCGUUGAAAGUGGCAUGCCGAAAUGCCAAAUAUUGGUCAUACUGGCAUGGAAAAGAGUUAAACAGCGCUGGAAGGAAGGUUACUUCGUUCAAUUUUCCACCCGUUCAAAUUACGAAAAUGUUGCUUCAGGCUAAUGCCGAUGUUUCGGAGGCGACACUUCUUCCAACAGCAGUCCAGCUGGGUGAUACAAAACUAGUCGAAGAACUUCUUGACUUAGGAAUGGAUAUAAAUAUGUUAGAUGAUAAUAUGUGUACGCCAUUAGGUAUUGCUUGUUCAAGCACGCAUGUUCGAUCCCAGCUUGUGAAGUUAUUGCUUGACAGAGGCGCGGACGUAAAUAAGGGAGGGGGAUGGAAGAAGCAGAAACCACUCAUUUUCGCAUAUGUUCAUAAUUCCGUCGAGAAAAUCAAAUUACUUCUUUCGUACGGUGCUAAGCUAACAGCGGAAGAAAUGACCGACCUAGUCUCACUUACGCUCUCUAAGUCAAUAUUAGAAAAUCCAGAAGUCAUUGGCCCAAAUAGCAAAGAACUACUGUCUUGGAGACUUCUAAUGGCUCAGGGGUUCUCUCCGGUGAUUCAGGGGACAGAACUUCACUGCAAGGUGCAUAAAUUGAGUAUUUGCAGUAGCUACGAUAAAAUCGAGCCGUGGAUUAGUAGUUUAUUAUACCCUGUGCAUUCUCUUAAAGAGUUAUGCCGGGUAAGCAUUCGGGGAAGCGUGCAUGUACCUGUUGAUACAAACAUAGACAAACUCCCUGUACCUGAUAGCAUUAAAGACUUUCUAAAAGUCAAUGAAAUUUUCAUUAAUGAACAGAUAUAGCUAUUCACAGUAUUUUAUUAUUAUUUCAUGAGAAAUAACAUCUAUUUUUAUAUGAAUGGACAUGUCAGAAUUAGAGAAUUUUGUUUGCAAAGCUAGAAGUUAUGGGAAAUGGUGGUUUAGUGGUUAGGCUUUCAAGUGCUCAACCCUUAGGAUGUGGAUUCGAGCCCCAUUUAGGUCAUGACCACACCUUGUGAACUGAAUUUUCUUUGAAGCAGUUUUGAGAUUUAGGGUGAUUCAAAUGGGCUUGAUUGAGCUAAAAUAAAGUUGCUUUUUGUUAACCAGGUUUUCAACGAAAUGAGUUAUUAGAUUGGGGUAUGUUGUUGGUCGGGCGGGCGGCGGCGUCAAACUGGUGUUUCCGGUCAAUAACUUUUGUUUCGGUAAAGAUAUUUGAAUAAAACUUGGUAUGUAUGUAGCUUAUAUCAAGACAAAGGCUAGGAUUGAUUUUGGGGUUUCUGGGGUCAAGGUCAAGGUCACUGUUACUUAAAGUAGAAAAAGGGUUUCCGGUCAAUAUCUUAUGUUUCGGUAAAGAUAUUUGAAUAAAACUUGGUAUGUAUGUAGCUUAUAUCAAGACAAAGGCUAGGAUUGAUUUUGGGGUUUCUGGGGUCAAGGUCAAGGUCACUGUUACUUAAAAUAGAAAAAGGGUUUCCAGUCAAUAACUUAACUUAGGAAUGAGCUAUCAUGAUGAAACUUGGUGUAUAGAAAACUUAUAUAAAGUUGUAGCUUGGGAUUGAUUUUGGGGUUUCUGGGAUCAAGGUCAAGGUCAUUGUUACUAAAAAUAGGGUUAGGUUUAGGGUUAGGGUUAGGGUUAGGGUUGUGCUUUAAAGUGGUGCACUGUGAUUCAGUAUACUUUUUUAUUCUUAUGAAAAGUGUUGAAAACCUGGUUUCGUGGCAUUGCUGCGUUUCUUGUUUUUGUUUAGAAAACAUAAUUCUAUAGUUAUUGUUUUAUGUUAAAUAAUGCACUUUUUCAAAGGCUUUGCAUAUCAGAAAAUAAGGUUAUUUCUAAGAUUUUAUUUGUAGUGCUUCAACAGACCCACCAAAAUUGCCCAAAUUCAAAAAACUGUUUUGGCCCUGAAAGUACCUUUUUCUGCUUCUAGUGCUUAGGUUUAAAAAAAAAUUGUUUGUUUCCGGUAUCCCGACCUGACCUAAAUUUUUGGCCUGACCCUAAUGUUUUAAUAGCCUUAGAGAAUUUUUUUUCAACUUUUUAACAAACACUUGCAAAUGCUUUAAACAUGGUCAGUGAUGUUAGAAAUCAACAAACUGAUACUCUAAAGGCAUAACCCCCUUAUUUAUAUUCAUUUUUGUCGAUCCUGCUUGAGGAAGCGAAGACAUAGUUGUCCAAAUGGCUGUUCAGUGUAUGUGCGUGCGUCCAUCUGUCAGGAUAUGUUUGUCCGGACCAUAACUUUGACAUGCAUGGAGCAAUCUUGUUUAUAUUUGACAUGAGAGACGGAGUGUCAUGCGCAAACCCAAGGUUCCUAUCUCAAAGGUCAAGGUCAUACAGGUCAACAGUCAGGGGUGUAACUGUUUUAAGUUAUGUAACCCAUUUCAGUUACUUUUUCAAGAGUUUUAUUACCUGUAUUAGUUAUAAAGUAUAGUUAACUCGGGUAAGUUAUUCAAAAAAAGUCUUUUUGCUGUUCUCACAAAGUGACCUCUAAAGUAAAAUUAAUAGCAAACUAUGGUUAAUCAAAUUCUCUUAGUUUGAGCAUGACCUGAUAAGCAUAAUGGGAUAUUAAGAGUUUUAUAGCUUUAAAAGGUUCACCACCAUGAGACAGAGUGUCAUGUGCAAGAACCAGGUCCCUAGGUCUAAGGUCAAGGUCACACUUAGAGGUCAAAGGUCAGAUACAAGAAUGACUUUGUCUGGAGCUUUUCUUUUUCAUGCAUAGAGGGAUUUUGAUGUAACUUGGCACAAUUGUUCACCAUCGUGAGACAGAGUGUCAUGCACAAGAUCCUAGAAUUACUUCCCUUUGUUGUUACUAUAACUAGCUUAUAUUAUAAUUUUUUAGCUCACCUGUCACAAAGUGACAAGGUGAGCUUUUGUGAUCGCACGGUGUCCAUCGUCCGUCGUGCGUGCGUGCGUGCGUCCGUAAACUUUUGCUUGUGACCACUCUAGAGGUCACAUUUUUCAUGGGAUCUUUAUGAAAGUUGGUCAGAAUGUUCAUCUUGAUGAUAUCUAGGUCAAGUUCGAAACUGGGUCACGUGCCUUCAAAAACUAGGUUAGUAGGUCUAAAAAUAGAAAAACCUUGUGACCUCUCUAGAGGCCAUAUAUUUCGCAAGAUCUUCAUGAAAAUUGGUCAGAACGUUCACCUUGAUGAUAUCUAGAUCAAGUUCAAAACUGGGUCACGUGCCAUCAAAAACUAGGUCAGUAGGUCAAAUAAUAGAAAAAUCUCGUGACCUCUCUAAAGGCCAUAUUUUUCCUGGGAUCUGUAUGAAAAUUGGUCUGAAUGUUCGUCUUGAUGAUAUCUAGGUCAAGUUCGAAACUAGGUCACGUGCGGUCAAAAACUAGGUUAGUAGGUCUAAAAAUAGAAAAACCUUGUGAACUCUCUAGAGGCCAUAUAUUUCAUGAGAUCUUCUUGAAAAUUGGUCAGAAUGUUCACCUUGAUGAUAUUUAGGUCAAGUUUGAAAGUGGGUCACGUGCCUUCAAAAAACUAGGUCAGUAGGUCAAAUAAUAGAAAAACCUUGUGACCUCUCUAGAGGCCAUAUUUUUUAUGGGUUCUGUAUGAAAGUUGGUCUGAAUGUUCAUCCUGAUGAUAUCUAAGUCAAGUUCAAAACAGGGUCAUGUGCGGUCAAAAACUAGGUCAGUAGGUCUAAAAAUAGAAAAACCUUGUGACCUCUCUAGAGGCCAUACUUGUGAAUGGAUCUCCAUAAAAAUUGGUCAGAAUGUUUACCUUGAUGAUAUCUAGGUCAAAUUUGAAACUGGGUCACAUGCCUUAAAAACUAGGUCAGUAGGUCAAAUAAUAAAAAAACCUUGUGACCUCUCUAGAGGCCAUACUUUUCAUGGGAUCUGUAUGAAAGUUGGUCUGAAUGUUCAUCUUGAUGAUAUCUAGGUCAGUUUUGAAACUGGGUCAACUGCGUUCAAAAACUAGGUCAGUAGGUCUAAAAUUAUUAAAAUCUUUUGACUUCUCUAGAGGCCAUAUUUUUCAAUGGAUCUUCAUGAAAAUUGAUCUGAAUGUUCACCUUGAUGAUAUCUAGGUCAGUUUCGAAACAUUGUCACGUGCGGUCAAAAACUAGGCCAGUAGGUAUAAAAAUAGAAAAACCUUGUGACCUCUCUGGAGGCCAUAUUUUUCAUGAGAUCUUCAUGAGAAUUAGUGAGAAUGUUCACCUUGAUGAUAUCUAGGUAAAUUUCAAAACAGGGUCACGUAUCUCCGAAAACUAGGUCAAAUAAUAGAAAAACCUUGUGACCUCUCUAGAGACCAUAUUUUUCAAUGGAUCUUCAUGAAAAUUGGUCAGAAUUUUUAUCUUGAUAAUAUCUAGGUCAAGUUCAAAACUGGGUCACAUGAGCUCAAAAACUAGGUCACUAUGUCAAAUAAUAGAAAAAACUGGGUCAUGUGGGAGUGGGAAGAGGUGAGCGUUUCAGGACCAUCAUGGUCCUCUUGUUUAUUACUGGGUGUAGGGAAAAUUUCUGUAGUACAACAUGCGCACGUUACAUCCAGUUUUGAGGUGUAUUUUGACCUGUCUCUACUGGUAAGAAUUUUUGUGUGGACUUAGAAUUUUUUUUAAAGAUUUACUUCCCUUAGUUGUUACUAUAAAUAACUUAUAUUGUAACUUCAUGUGCAACUACCAGUCCUUUUGACAGCUGGUGGGCUCAACAUGUUGCCCGUGGGCAUCUAGUUUGACACAGUUUUAAUUUCCGAAAAGUCCCACUUAACAAAAAAAUAAAUAAAAAAAUAAAAUAUAAUUACGGACUUACCUACCCUAAUUUUUUUUAGCAUGUUACCGGAAACAAACAAUUUUUUUACGCCUUAUAGUGAUAAAAAUAACUUACCCACCUGCAAAAUUCUGGGUUGAAGCGCAGCUUACAAACAAUUUUUCAAGACGGCCUAAUUGAAAAUUAGAGUCCUCUUGAAAAAUUGUUAUUAGAUAAUCAUUUAAGAUUGUUUUUAAUUUAAUAUAUGUUUUCUCUAUCAAAUAGAGAUGUGUUGCCAUUUUUGUAACCUGACCAAAGUGUUGUUUUUUUACGCAAAUAGGUUGUUUAUCAAAUUCCCUUUACAUCAUUCUAUAAUUUCCAUGUCACUAAUUUCAGAUCAGGACCAGGCUACUGAAACAUUUAUUCAAAUAACAUCAGGUAGUUAAAUGUAUAGUGUCAUUUUGGUACAUUUCAUAAAUGAAAACAAACAAAAAAUUGAAGAAAAAACAUUAAAUUCAUAAGCAGUUAUUGUUUGUUGAAUAAUUGCAUUUUGUUUCUACAUAAACAAAUACUAUAUAACAAUUGUUUUGCUACAUUUGCUACAUGAGUAAAUCUGUGUUCAACAAAAAUUCAGGCAGUAUUAUAUAUAUGAGCCGCACCAUGAGAAAACCAACAUAGUGCAUUUGCGUCCAGCAUCGAUCCAGACCAGCCUGCACAUCCGCGCAGUCUGAUCAGGAUCCAUGCUGGUCGCUUUCAAAGCCUAUUCCAAUUAGAGAAACCGUUAGCAAACAGCAUGGAUCUUGACCAGUCUGGUCUGCAGGCUGGUCUGGAUCCAUGCUGGUUGCAAAUGCACUAUGUUAGUUUUUUUCAUGGUGCAUCUCAGUUAUGCUGAUUUUACACUUAAUAUGCCUUUGUCUACCACAGUACUUGUUAAGGAAUAUUUUUAACAGGUAAUUUCAGAAAGUUUCGAAUUGUUAUUUAUAUUAGCUUUUUGAAAUUUUUAUAUUACUUAAUUUACAAGAAGUUUUUGAUACUAAGUGACUUUCCAUUAUUUAGCUGCAAAAUUGUUGAAAUUUACCAAAACAUAGACUGGCUCCUGUCCCUAUGUUUGUUCUGUCAUAUUUCUCAUAUAUAAAUUUCCUUCAUUAACAGUGGAAGUAACUCCAGCAGGUUGUUUCUGUAUAGACAUUUUUUAUUGCCCCUGGCUGACUGUAUGGUUUAGCCAGGAGAUAAAAUGUGCUAUUUUAGAGGCUUAAAAUUUACUUAUAAAAGCGUUGCAGUAUUUAAAGAAAAUAACCAUGCAGCCAGGGAGCCAGGCUAACCAAAACAAAUCUCAUUAAAUUUUGCUGGUUUUAAGGGUCUUAAAGGGACCUCUCCAGGGCCCAUACUCAUCAACAUUCGAAGUCUGAAAAUUAUACUUACCCGGUACGACAGAUAUUCAGUUUCUCAUAACUUUGUUUUUAGCAGAUUUAUUUUUAUAUUUGUACGAGAUGUUUGUUGUUGUAAAAUGCAAGUUCAUGCCAAGUUUCAUUACAGUCUAUUGUAAUUUAAGAAAAAGACGGAGCAAAAAGAAAAUUUAGCAUUUUAAAGUCUUCAGUUUCAGACUUUAAAGUUUGGUGUAUGUGAUCCCAGAUGUUUAUCUCACUAUAAAUUUUCAGAAAAGAUAGCAAAGUACAUAAUUAUAAUAUGUUACAGUAUUAUUCAGGUAGAUAUAUGUUUUGACAAAUCUUGUAAGUGUAGUCAUUUCUACUAAUUUACAUUAUCAUGUGACUAAGCCUUUUUUGCCAAGGCUGAACAGAAUCAAUCACUUUGUUUUCUAUGAUAUGUAGUUUUUCUAUAAUACUUAGUUUUUCUAAUAAUAGUACUUCCUAAAUAAUGCAGAAAUGCAGAAAUCUCAAAUUUGUUAAAACAAAAAGCAAGGAAUAUUAGAUUUAGAAUACUUUAAAAUAUUUGUUAAAGUUUAUGGUGUAUGGUACAAAGUACUGCUAAAUUCCUUUUUAUACCGCCACAUUUACGUGGGGGCAUAUAAUGUUGCUGCUGUCCAUAUGUACGUACAUCCCAGCUCCUCCCACACUGUAAGCCUGAUUUGCUUCAAACUUUCACAGAUGAACAAGCUUGAUGUGCAGAUGACCAUAAAGGAAAGAACUUUGACUUUGGUUGUGACUAUUUUUGCUGCUGUUAUGGGCCUUUGAUAGUUUUGCUUUAUAGAAUAUAGAGAAAAAUCUUGUGUGUCCAACUGCUCAAACACUUUUGAAAGGUAUGCUUGAAAGUUUCACAGAUGAAGGACCUUGAUGUGAAGAUGACCAUAAAUAAUGGACUUUUUUCUGUGUCUAUUUUUUCUAGAAUUAUGGCCCUUUCUUAAUUUCACAAAAUAGGCCAUAGUGAAGAAAACUGAUGUGUUCAACUCCUCAUACACUUUUGAAGGAAUGGAUUCAAAGUUGCUCAAAUGCACAACCUUAUCUGAGUACAAUUUGUUUCAAACUUUUAGUGGAACAUCUUUCAUGUGAAGAUGGUCUGUGCUAUUUAGAGGAUGGCGCUGUAUGUGGGAGCAUCCGUAUCCUAUGGACACAAUUUUAGUUUUUAAUAUCGAAUUUCAAUAGGUUGAGGGGGGCCUGUGAUCUGUGUUUGAUUAGUUAUAAGGUUAUUGACCUGUAUGUUAGGAACAUCGUUUGAGGUGUAGAAUUCAUUCAUGUAAGGAAGUCAUGCAGCUGGCUUGCGGAAAGUCUGUGGGUCUACAAAAGUGCCCACCUAUGCCUGAAAUAAUGCUUAAAGAGGCACCUGGGUUCUUCCUCCACCACCUCCACCAUGAAAAGUUGGAAAGUCGUCAUAUAGCCUGCAGUUCAGUUGGUGUGAUGUUAAACCCAACAAUAGCAAAAAUCAGUAGGUUGACUAACACUUGAGAGUUUUCUACAUAUUGUAUUGACUAAAAGUUUGUUACUGUAGAAAAAAGCUUUUAGUACUUUUGAUAAAAUAUAUAAAAACUUAUUUUUUGAUAUGAGAUUUAAUGUUACAUUUGUACUUUUGAUAGGCAAUCAAUUUAAACUUAAUUUUUACUUUUAGAAAUAAGCGUAAGAUUUGCAGAAGGGUUACCAGUAUUACAUAAUAAGUCAUUAAAAGAAACUGUAGUUCGUAUUUGUUAUUGAAAAUAUCAGUAUAAACCAUUUUACUGAAGUGUCAAAGGAAAUAAAAAAAGACAAUCUA